UGUAGCAUGCCUCUGAAGAGUACCAGCUACCGUGGGGGAGGGAUGAACUGGCCUAACAGAAGUGACGUGUAUUCUCCACGUAUGUCUCGCUGUUCGGACAGCUUCGAGAGGUCGCUCCGAAAGUAUCCGUCCAUGCCUCCUGAACACUCCUCUGAAGUGUUCGAGCGGCUCAUCACCUACGCUAUGCCGAGGACUUCCCGUUCCCCCCGCCAUUCUCCGCAGCGCGAAACCAUCCGCCCUAAGGCCUAUGAGGAGCCCUGCAAAUACAGACCUAGGGCUCCUGAAGAAGACCCGACACGAGACAGGAGGGAUGACUUAAGCCAUUUGAGAGAGAGCAGCAAGCAAGCGUACGCGAAGCACGGUGACAUCCGGCAGAUCCGGGAGAUGUCCCGGAGACUCCGUAAGAGUCUCAAAACUAUUUCCUCUUACUCGCAUAUGCACACAAUUGCCACAUACCUGGACGGUAUUGACCGGGACUGCGACACACCGAUCUUGGAGACCUCGGAGACGGAACAUGAAGACACGCAGCCGGCUCAUGAGUUUAGUUACCCAGUGAACUCCACGGUUCAAGCCGCCGUCCUCACCACCUCACUGGGGGUGGAAGCCAAACCAUUACCCUCUUCCAGCCAACGUACAAUAGCUGUCCCCCUCUCUCCUACCCCUUCGUCAAGACUUACAUCAGGAGACAUCUUGCCUGUCGCAACCACUUCGUUAGGAGUGGAAACCAAACCCUUGCUGAUAGGCAGACGUACACAGAUAGCCAUCCCUCUCUCCCCCACACCCUCGUCGAGAUGUACCGGCACAGACUUCGCUAACUACUUCUCCGCCUCCCCUCCUAAGACUUCGCUGGGGGUCGAAACUAUUCCAAGUUCGAUAAGUAAACGUUCAAUAGCUGUCCCACUAUCCCCAGUUUCGUCGAAACUCACCACAUUAUCUGACCUGCCGCGCCUCCUCAUCACCAGGUCCGUCCAGACCUUUAACUUCCCAGGAAGGACCUCAGACAUAGAUGAACUUGAACAUUUGAAGUAUCUAAUAUUUAAAUGGAUGAAAAGAUACGAUGGUGAAAAGAAUAUGGAAAUUGUACAUCAUGCUGUAGAAUUGAUGGAAAUGAUAAAGAAUAUACCAGUCCCAACGUUGAGCAGAUCUCAAGACGUUUUGCAAAAAUCUAUCAGUCAUUUAUCUUGUAGAAAUACUAAGUAUGGACCUGGUACUUCUACCGACACAAGUAAAAAUACUGUGUACAACUCUAGAUCGGAUUCAAGCAUACAUAAGCAUAACGUGUCACAAGUUAGUAUAGCACCUUCAUUUCUUGUAAUAGAUGGUGUACCCCUCAUUAAUAAACAGAAAAAUGAUUCAAGAAGACAAAAACACAAAGAUUUAGAGUCACGUCCAGUUAAUCAAUGCAAUCAACCUAACAUGCGUUACUUAAUAGUAAAACACGAUUCUGAUUUAUCAAAAGACAGUAAAGACAACUCACAAGAAACAUUAAAACACGAACUACUACCCAAAAGAACAAUGUCCCACAUUCCUAAAAGUCUUAAAACUAAUGAAAUUAAUAAUGUUCAUAAUAGUGUGAGCCAAUCUAACAGUAUCAAUAGAGAAGAACAUUCUAGCCAAGAUAGUUUCGUAUCAAGCAAAUCUCAGGAUGAUUUGCAUGGAUUCUAUAGCGGUAUGCGCUGUAAAGACCAUAAUCAUGAACCUGGUACUUCAAAUAACAUUAGUCAAGAUGGUGUAAAUAUGUCAAAGUUAACGACACAAAAGAAACAUCAAAAGGAUUCUAUACUAGAAAACUAUGUAGUACAUAACGUCAAUAACACUAAUAAUAGAAGAUAUCAAAGAGAGGAUAUAACACCGAAACGAAAUAGUUUAAAGAGUAAGAAGAAGUUUAAUAAAAAACAAGAAAAAAGCAAUUCCUCUAAGAUGUUUAUCUCUUUAGAUAACGCGGAUGAAGAGCAAAAUGAAAAUUAUGUAAAUUUGAAUCCUCGACCAGAUCCUGCGGGGCUAGUGACUCCAGUACCUACCCAUUCGGAUAAGCCGUCGAGUGCAGCUGCCCAGCUUAUCGCUGAGUGGCGACCACAACCGGUCUUCACUCUGCCCCCGGUCGGACGACCUCAACUUGAUCAAAUACACGAAGAAUUUAAAGAAUACCUCAAGAGUUGGUGUGAACAAAUACCAAUACCUGACAAUACUUGUGAUGAGAAAGAAAUAGCAGGAAAAUCUAGAUUAGGCAUUUUAAAUGGUGUCUGGAAAAUGAUAACGAAAUUAAAAGCGCAGCCGGCAGUGUUUCAAAACAAAUUUUAUUAUGAAGAUGUAUUAGGGAAAGAGAUAGAUGGAUUAUUAGAUUGCUUACCGCAAACACAUGAGUUACAAGAGAAAAAGUAUAGCCUUAAAUCACAACUUCUCGAUAAGAUAUCAGAUAUGAAUGAGGUGAUUAAAGAGAUAGAAACGCCUGAUAAUUACAAGGAAGUGUUGGCCAAUAAAGCUAAAAUCAUGAAAGAUAAGAAAGGAAUGUUUUUAAGGAAAACCGUCAGAUUAGAUCGCGAGCCAGCAGAGAAAAUAUUUGAAGAGAUGCUUAAGUACUGUACUCUUGACGACUUUUUAACGAAAAUUGAUUAUAAAGAGCCCAAUAAAAUCGUAGAAAAAGCGUACAAAAAUAAAUUACUUCCAAAGAUCCAAGCAUACAUGGAUGAACUCAAGGAAGCUCAUGGAAAAGAAAUGGAUGAACUUAUGGAUGUCUAUAAAGAAAGCGAUAUUUUAGAACAACUGGAAACAGUACCCUUACCAACAGAAGACGAAAUAAAGAAAGAUUCUGAGGAAAUUCUUUUAGGACUUGAAAUUGAGCAAUGGAUGAAUGAGUUGCCUAUCAUUAAGAGUGACGAUGUAAAUGAACAGCGUCAGCGUGUAAGGUUAAGGGAUGGAUUAACGAAAAAAAUACAUGACAUGGGAAAAAGAGCGGACAUUUCUGAAUAUGGCGAAGAUACCAAAGUAAGGCAUGAGAUUUCUUGUUUUCUAGACAUGGUACCACUUGAAAAAGAUCAAGAUUUGAACAUCAACAGGAUGGUUGAUGAGCUUACCAAUAGACUAAAACAAAGGGAUGGAUCUGGAGGGAGAAGAAAAUCAGUAGCAUUCGAGGACGGAACAGGAUAUCAACAAGGAUAUUCAUCGAAAUUAUUAAACAGAAGUGAGUAUAGUUUCGGACCUCCAGGAUCAGGCAUUUACUCGCCUGAGGGUAAAUUGGUUCAAGGUGAUGAUGAAACUCAAUAUAAAAGCUUUGCUCAGAAUCCUCCACUAUGCUCUACUAGAAUUGAGCAGCCAGGGGAAUGGGAUGAUGAUGCUCAAUACAGAGCCAUGUUCAAAGAUGGCGUGCCGUGUUCGUCUAUGAUCGAGCCGCAAGCUGGCUAUGGCCCAGGCUCUUUACCACCAGAUUUUAAGCAUUCAUUCCCUCCCCCGAGACAAUUCAAUGAAAGUGCGCUAGGAGGAUCAUUCGGUUACUCUCGGCGAGGUUCGGAAGAACGACAUCAAUAUCCCGAUGGGAUGGGAAUCCCGAUGACGCCUCGCUCGGUCCCGCGAUCACCAGGGUUCCACGACAGCGCAGCAGCAAUGCCUAAAAUUCCAAAUGACAGCGAGUUCGUAUCCUUACAUGGCAGCUCAUUGCAGGAAGCUCCAAGAGCGUUCGAACAACCACAGAGUGUAGGUUGGGUACCGCCAGAAGCACCACGUUACGUUUCAAUGCGUGAUAGUGUUCCAUCCCAAAUGUCUCCAAGACGUUUUUCAAAUGACCCGGCAUUUACACAAAGAUCUCAAAUAGAUCCAAAUAUAUCAGCAGCCCAAGAGUAUAUGCCAAUGACACGCGGCGGAGCACAAAGGGUGCCACAAGGCUUUAUAUCAAUGCCUAGCCGUCGACCUAGUGACAUCCAGCCGCCUUCUCGUUACCAAUCCUUGCCUCCAAAUCAGUUCAUACCACCGCAAGCGUUCAUUCCCGAAGAGUCUCGUUUUUCAAGAAGAUCAAAAGCAUCAAAUGAUCCUAGUAUGCGGCAAGAAUUACUAGACGAUAGCGUUGGUAGUAGUCGCGGUAUGACGCCUCAGGGACCAUUUGAGGUGUCCAUUCAAGUGCAUGAACCUCCUAGGCAAUAUCGGCAACUUGAUGGAGCAGAUCCAUUUGUGUCUAUAGUGAGUCAACAGCGACCGAACGAGUUUAUGGACGUCCGGAACAGAUCUGCUCAAAACCCGCCGGGUAUUAGAACAUCACCGGCUAGAGAUCUUAAUGAAAUCCAGAACAUAAGCUCUCACCAACAAGCACGGAUACCAGUACCAAGUCCCCACGCUUCACGUAAUACUCCAACGGAUAGAAUAACUGAAGCUAGCCAACCAACAUCUUCACAAAGAGGAAGAUUAUUAGCAUCAAACGCUCCAUCUUCAGAAAUAAGUAACCAGCCAGCUUUUUACUCUACUCCAAAUCAGAGAAGUAAUCUACCACCGCCUAACAUCAGAGAACGUCGACAGUUAGAAAAAGAAAGAGGUCCAGCUAGACGUUUAGAUAUGGAAACAGAAGAAGAAGGGGAGGAGAGAUGUUAUUGCCGGCAAAGAUUUAACAAAUGGAGGGGACAGCAUUGCCAAUCCUGUGAUGAUUGUAUACAAGGAAGAUACUAUCCUUACCGUCCGUACCCAUACCAGUAUAUGUACCCGCCGAUGGGACCACCUCCGUAUCCUCCACAUUGUAGAAGAUAAACAAUUUUGCAAAAUAAAACCACGCUGGAAACUAAUCCACUUUUGCUAUGAAUAACCGGUCGAUUUUAAAUGUGCUAUCAAUUCAAUACGUUAUGUUCCCAUCGAACUUUGUGAAUGUUGUGAGUAAACAUGGUAACAAUACAUUUAUCUUCUAUCACGUCAAUUUUAAAAACAGCCAAGACAACGUUUUGUAGACUCUUGAUUCGUCUUGCAUCAACCCAGCCAACUAUAAUUUUGAAAAUCGUAUCAAAACCAACUUGCUUAUUUACGUUUUCGUUGUCACUUUUGACAAAAACAAUAAAGUGUUACCUAAGGACGUCUUCUUAGAUCUAUUUUC